AUUUUAGUGAGCAUCCAAUUCGGUUACGUUAAUGUUCUUUUCUCUUAAUUUGGUGCAGAGAUUCUGUGAAUUUCACUUGCUUUCUUAAUUAAAUCAUAAUAAAAUGGAAAAACGAUUCGACAUUUGGUUUAUAAUGAUCUAAAAAUUAAGUUGUUAUUAUUAUCGUCUAUAAAUACACAGUUAAAAUUAUGUGCUCUUAUGUCGCAAAUUAGUGCUUUGUCUUACGAUAGCCAUAUAAUAACAAUAAUAUCAAGUGUCAACGAAAAUGGCAACAACGUGUAAAAUUGAAUUUGAAAAUAAUCCAAGGAAAGUGGUGUACGCUGGCCAGUUAUUGAAAGGAACGGUGCGAUUGCAUUUGACCAAAGCGAAAAGAGUCCGUAGCCUGUACAUUCGCAUUCAUGGUAGAGCUUAUGUGCACUGGGUCGAUGGUACCAGUGAUAAUCGAAAGGUGCGAGUGUUUACAGGCAACGAAGACUACUUCAGUGAACGAACCAAUUUUGUGGGUGGCUACACUGGUGAAGUUCGGCUUUCGCCUGGAACAUAUAGUUACACUUUCCAAUGCCUAUUGCCACCCAAUCUUCCAACGAGUCUGGAAACAGAAUACGGAUACAUUCGAUAUACUGCCCGUGUUGUUCUUGAUGUCCCAACUUGGUCAGAUAAAUCAUUCGCAGUACCAUUCACCGUUAUCAAAAUGGUCGAUUUGAACAAUUUUCCUAGACUUCGACAACCGGUCGAAGUGGAGAAAAAUGACACAUUUUUCAUUUGUUGUAUAUUGUGUUGCUGUUCAUCGCGCCCAAUGCAAAUCGUUGCUCGAGUACCAGUCGGUGGUUAUACACCUGGCCAAUUUAUCAAUCUAGAAAUCAAUGUGAACAAUCAUAGUGGGCAAUCAAUCUCCGGUUUUAACAUACACUUGAUUAAGAGAAUUAAAUUCUUCAUACAUGCUGACAGCGUACGUCAAAAGCAUCUAACAUAUGUACUAGCUAAACAGUAUGUAGAUUACUCAAAUGAAGAAGUGACGACUCGUGUGGAUAUCCGAUUGCCAUCUGUUCCACCAACCGAUUUGUCAGCGAGUAACAUCAUCAAAUUUGGAUAUUCAAUUCGCAUAACCGCUUGCGUAUCUUGUUGCUACAAUGAUCCUGUCCUUGAAGUGCCUAUUACAAUUGGAACGUAUCCAUUGCAGGACAAUGUGCCACCGCUGAAUGUGCCAACAUUGCAUCCGCACAGUAUACAAGUAAAUGCAGUGGCAGAUCCGAUCACACCGUUACUUCCAUCAAAUAAUGUGGUUUUGCAACAGCCAACAAACCGAACUAACUAUUCUACACUGUCAUAUCCAAGUACAUCGAAUGCACCACUUUCAUACCCAGACAGUGAAGAUCCACCCACAUACGAGGAGGCAAUGCAGCUGAGUGAAGCAGCUGACAAUGAGUUCCGACCGGUGUAUCCAUGUGAGGAGGCAAUGCAGCUGAGUGAAGCAGCUGACAAUGAGUUCCGACCUGUUUAUCCAGUAUUUAAACGCUCCACUUCUUAUUCAAGUGGGAAUUCAAUUCAUUGAUAGAUCACCCCUUUGAAAUGUGCGAACGAAAACUUUAUUUUUUUGGUCAGAGUCUUUAUAUCUAUUAUUAUUAGAUGUGUUGAAAACGAAUAUCUAUGUUUGUAACAAUGGUACAACCUGCAACAAAAAUUGCAUAUUUCUCUGAAUGAGUUGUACAAAAAAAAUAAUACGAAUAAAAUUGCAUG